UUCGUUAGAAAAGUACAUUUGCCGUCGUUUUGUUUAAUAUAAUGCAACAACAGUUUAAGGUCUUUUACCUCAAAUAUAUUUUUACAUAUGUAUAUAUAGUCGUAUACAGUUGCAUUUUAACAUACUACUGCUCAUAAACCAUCCAAAUUUGACAUGGAGAUGGAGAGCGAACUAAGAAUGAGAAUAACUAAGCCUUAUCGAGCAGCCAUGAAGGAAGACUGGAACUCAGUGAAAGAAUUCUACAAGGAACGGAAGGAGCACUAUCAAAUGAUAAUCUUGCCUAUGACAAUAAGUGGGGACACUGUACUUCACAUUGCAGCACACAGUGGUAACACGAAAUUUGUUAAAUCUCUACUUGACGACAAUUUUGACCUCCCAAACAUUAACCCAUCUCUAGAUUGGAGAAGAUUUUAUGCUUCUGAUAUAUUUCCGAUUCAGAACGAAUAUGGCAAUACGGUUCUCCAUGAGGCAGCCUCAGGUGGACAUAUCAAAAUGGUUAAGGUCCUGCUGAGAUAUGAGGGAGGAGCAGGACUUCUAGAAGUUAAGAAUGAGAGAGGAGAAACUCCUCUGUUCCGUGCUGCCGCCUUUGGUAGGACGGAAGUGGUGAGGAUUUUAGCUUCGAAAGUGGAAGACAUGGAAGCUCAUCGCCGGAGAGCGGAUAGCACCACCAUUCUUCACAUUGCUGUCCUAGGCAGAUACUUUGAAACCGCUGUCGAAUUACUACAACAUGACAACUUGGCAGAUUCGGUCGAUGAAAAUGGCAUGACAUGUUUUCAGCUGCUAGCUAAUAUGCCAUCUGCUUUCAGGAGUCGAUGCUCCAUGGGCAUCUUGACCAAGCUACUCUAUUAUUGCCUUCCUGAAAAAUAUGAGGAAACUGUUUAUGUACCGCAGAGUGCCUCAAAUAAAGAGGAGGAUCUGGAAAUUGGCCGCAAACGUCACCAGAGAGUGAAAGCAAACCAUACUAUCGGGAUCUCAAAUGUGUACUAUAAAAUUUGGUGUUUCAUAGCUCGAGUAUUGCCAGCCAUUGGAGAACUGAGGGAGAAAAAGAAGGGUCAUAGCAAAGUGGUUGAGCUUGUCGAAAUUUUGGCUAAGAAGGAUCUGUCGUGGAUGGGUGGAAACUACGGAGGAGACCCAGAUGAUAAAAUCCAUAUCCCUGUGGAAGAAAAGGACGACGGUGAUGUUGAAAAAUAUGAUGAAGCAGAUCAUUUUUCUGGAAUUCACACGGCUUCGAAGACUAGUUUUCUCUCCGAUAGCCCACUUAUUGCUGCAGCAAGAAAUGGGAUCGUAGAGAUAGCAAAGGCUAUCCUUGAUGUGUAUCCACAGGCCAUUGAACAUGUAAACCACAAAAGUGAGAACAUAUUCCACGUUGCGGUGGCAUAUCGCAGGGUAAAUAUAUUGGAUCUCCUACAAUCCUCACAUACUCCCAUCUUAAGGCUAGCAAGAAAGAUCACUUCAGAUGGUGACAGCAUUUUGCAUAAAGCAGCAGCUUUAGCCGAGUAUUCCUUGAGAGAGAGGCCCGGGGAAGCUCUUCUGAUGCAGUCUGAUAUCCAAUGGUUUAAGCGAGUGCAGAAAAUGGUGCCCUCAUAUUUUAUCAACCACCGAAACAACGACAAUUUCACUGCCCAAGUCUUGUUCAGCAUUAAACACAAACACCUCGUCAAGCGCGGCCAGGAAUGGCUAAUGCGGACCACGCGGGCCUGCACGUUAGUCGCGGUCCUUAUAGCCACCGUCGCCUUCACCUGCGCAUACACCAUUCCUGGAGGCUCGGAUUCGGAGACGGGCCAGCCCUUGCUCCUGAAAAAGACACCUUUCAUCGUGUAUACGACGUCCGACACAUUGUCGCUCUGCUUCGCCCUCACUUCCGUUGUCGUUUUUCUCUCCAUCAUGACCUCGAAGAUGCAGGAGCAAGACUUUCGAAGGUCUCUGCCGAUGAAGCUGGUUUUAGGCCUCACCACUCUGUUUUUCGCUGUGUCGUCAAUGAUGGUAGCUUUCGCUGCGACUCUCGUGCUUAUGAUUAGACAGAGGCUCCAUUGGGCGGCCAUUCCUAUUUAUACGAUUGUUUGUCUUCCGGUUGCGAUUUUCUUGGUUCUACAGUUGCCAUUGUAUCUUAACAUUGCUUGGUUCACUGUACAUGAUAUAGUGUACAGUUUCAUUGCCUCUUUUCCUGGCUGCAGGUGUUUGAAUCAGAGAUCAUGCACUAGAGGAUCUUCUUCUGUGCGCAGUUGAUACAGUGUGUUGGUUAAUGGUUGGCUAAUCAUGCCAUAACUACAUCCAUCUUUCUUUAUUUUAUUUUUACAGGUUUUUGAAAUGUGUUCUUUGUGUAAUUCACUAAAAUUUUAAUUUUUAUUUCGCGUUUCAUAUUUUUGUAUCAACCCACGUUUGGUUUGUUUCCAAAUCUGAUAUAAUCAUGUGUGUAACAUAUAUAACUUACGACUUCGUGUCAUGAAUUAAUUGAAUUCAAUAACCACAGUUAUUUGCA